AUGCCCACCCUCUUCGACGAACUCCUCACCAGCACCCCCACCCAUCGCCGCCGCCCCACCCGUCAGACCGCCGCCUACCGCACCGCCAUCACCCUCCUCGACGACUUCCACGCCACGCUCUACACGCACAUCACCGCGGCGCUCUCAUCCCACCCACACUGCGGCGCGCUCGCCGCGCUCCACGCCGACGCCGAAGACCUACUCCACGCCGGGGGCGACCGCUGCUUCGUGUACAAGGCGGGCGAGGACGUUGCGUACGACGCGGACGUGGCGCUGCUGCGGCGCGGGAUCGAGGGCGUGCGGUAUGGGUGGCGGGUAGUCGUGGUGGAGGGGUUUUGUGGGUGUGAUGAGGGUGUGGAGAUGGGUGGGUUUGAGGGUGCUGACUGA